AUGGAGUCCUUAGCCGAAUCCAAGAUUCCCUUGGAGAUAAUUAAAUUGUCGAGGGGCUCAACUCUCUUCAGCAUGUUCGCUAUGACGGAGAAGCUGAAGCCGGAGACCCCUCCACCGUCGACGUCGGAAAUGAGGCAGCUGAUUGCGGCAGCGCGCUUCUUGGGGUCUGCGGCGGCGGCGGCGGCGGCGGCGAGCAAGGGGCAUAUGAGGAGGUGGUGGAUGGGAGGAGAAAGGGACAGUAGGGAGGUCGUUCUGAGGGAAAAAUGGGCGGCGGUUGAGAUGAGUACGGCCCUCGCCGCAGCUCAGACAGCCAUUGAUGAUGAUGAUGAUUUGGAUGAUGGAGACCAAGCCAAGGACCUGAACACGUCACAUUUGGUUUUAGCGCAGUUUGACAAAGUGACAAGAACCAAGAGCAGGUGGAAGUGCACUUUGAAGGAUGGCAUUAUGCACAUAAAUAACAAAGACAUUCUGUUCAACAAGGUCCGUUUCGCCUUUAGGAAGGAGUUUGACCAAUUCUGGUUUAUUUGCUCAUCCUUAACAAAACUGAGGAUUUGAAUCCUGGUUUUCUACUUCAUGCAACAGGAGAAUUUGACUUCUGAGUUAUUGAGAAAAUGCACGUUGUCUUUGUUCGGUUCAGAUGAAAACUGGAGUUAUUUCUUGUCUUCUCAGUUUCUUUGGUCUCUCUAACGAACUAAGAACUCGAGAAAAUGAUAUCGUUUGUGAUGGUCGGAUGUACAUACAGAGUUUUGGUUCCCUUAUUUUUAUGUUUUGAUUAAAUCUUGACGAAUUUGGUACUUACCAUUUCAAUUACAAUAACAUUUGAACUGUAAAUUACUUCUCUAUUGCUUAAAUAUACUUGCACUUGAUUGUUUAAUCAUAUGCAUCGGUUUCCUUGUUUUGUGGCCUUCACUCGUUUUUGUGGACUUGAAUACCAGUCCUCAGGAGCUGGUGUUUUCAGUCGAUCUUCACAAAACCUAUCCGAAGGAAACUAUUGUAAGACUAAAAAAUAUGGAGAUAAUUGCUUGAAAAAGUAUGAUCUAUUAAGUAGAAUAAAUUUGAUAAUAGUAAAGUUGAAGGAUAAAAUUUUAAUGAGAAAAUAACGAGUUAGACAUUAUUAUAUUAUUUACGAAUGUUUUGAGCCUAAAUGAUAAAACAUGUAUGCUUUGGGAUUUUAUGUGACAAUAGCUCAUGCUUCGUAACUAGGUUGAGAUAAACAUUAAUUUUUAAAUGCCAAUUCUUACAAUCACAAAUACCAGGCCAUCCCGACUGUGUUAGGCACUGCCGGAGCUUCCUAGUAUCUUUAUAUGAUAAAACAAUAGUAUCACACAUUGUGUAAGGAAAUAAUGGAGUAAGCCUGCAACUCUCAUCUGCACUCAGUUUUACAAAAUUUUAUACUCAAAUUAUGCGAUUUCAUUUUUCAUUGAGUUAAUAAGAUAAAUGACAAAAGUACAGAGUCAACAGAGCAAAACUGAACUUUAACUAAACCUAAAGUACAUUUUUACAUGUUUCACAAAAAUUCAAUCAGAAGUUCAAGAACUUAACUAAAUCUUUAGGCUUCAUUUGCCC